CUCUACUCUACUGCGGAGGAUUCAAAAGAGCCCCCACCUCCCACCCCCACUCCGGGCAAACAAAACACUGAUAGCUCCAUAACCCAUCCAUGGUACUACCAUUUCUCAACUUCUCUCUCUCUCUCUCUUCAAAAUCAGAUCUUUUCUGCAAUUCCCCCUUUCCCAUAUGUCCAAACCACUCUCUCACCAUCUACCUUCAACUUCUUAACUAGUAAGAUCGCCCAAGAUGCCAAGGCCAGGCCCAAGACCUUACGAGUGCGUGAGGAGGGCUUGGCAUAGUGAAAGACACCAACCCUUGAGAGGUUCCAUCAUUCAACAGAUUUUCAGGGUUGUACACGACAGUCACUCAUCUUCCACUAAGAAGAACAGGGAAUGGCAAGAGAAAUUGCCUAUUGUUGUCUUGAAAGCUGAAGAAAUCAUCUAUUCUAAAGCCAAUUCCGAGGCGGAAUACUUGGAUUCACAUACCCUAUGGGAAAGGAUCAAUGACGCCAUUAAUACAAUCAUCAGGAGAGAUGAAACUACUGAAACAGGACUAGACCUCUUGCCCCCAUGUGUAGAAGCUGCCCUUAAUUUGGGAUGUGUUCCUGUAAGAGCAUCAAGAAGCCAACGGAAUGCAAAUCCCAGAACUUAUCUUUCCCCAAGAAUUCAGGAACCUGCAAGCGCCAUACAUCAUCCAUUGGAGAAGAACAAUCCUUCUUCUAGUACCAACCAGUUCAACCAAAUUCAAAAUAACGCAGCACCUGCCAAUGUGGGUUCGGUUUAUCCCCUUUAUUAUGGUAAUGAUUUUCAAUCUUCAAGACCCCAUUUGGAAUCAUCAUCUUCCUUUCCAAAUCCCAUAAUCGUUGGCAGACAGCUUACUCUAGCUACUCCUGCUGCUGCUUCUUCUGCUGGAAAGCAUGAAUUAAGACCACCACCCACUUGUGAUUUAACUUUGCGAUUAGGAUUAGGAUUAGAUUUAGGAUUAAGCACGGGCAUGGGAACAACGAGAAAUUCCCCUGUUCUUCACGACAACAUUGAUCUUAACCUUCUUCCUGAGGAGGAGAUUUUCCGCCAUCGCCAUGGCAAGGAGCUCUCUUUUCAGCAUUGUAGAAGAGACAAAGGGAAAUUGGGUGAAGUUAGUAGGAAACGAAACAUUGAAGAUGAAGAUGAUGGACCUUUUUACACACAACCCAGAAGGCCAUCAACUAACCAGUUUACUUAUCAAAGUAAAAAGCCAGGUUUGUAGACAGACUCUUCUUCUUCUUCUUCUUCGGCUGUAUGUAUUCUUCUUCAUUCACAAUGAUUUUUGAAAGAGAAAAAGAGAGUUGCAGUAAACUUUGUUUA